AUGACAGAUUUUCAAGAUAGAGAGCCAACCAUUAUUAUCAAUGGUAAUUUGGAUGUUGAGGAGGAUGUUGUAUAUGAGCAUGACGUAGAAAUGGAACUAGAUUCUGCUGUUCAAGAAGAAGAGGAAGAAGAAGAGAAGCCAAAGAAGAAAGUUAUGUUUACUGGUGUUGAUGAAGAAGCUGAUGAAGAACAAAGAAAACGUGAAUUCGAAGAAGGUGGUGGUUUACCUGAACAACCUGAAAACCCUGAUUUUACAAAAUUGAAUCCAUUGUCUGCUGAUAUUAUUAAUAGACAAGCUACAAUUAACAUUGGUACUAUUGGUCAUGUUGCUCACGGUAAGUCUACUGUUGUUAGAGCCAUUUCUGGUGUUCAAACUGUUCGUUUCAAAGAUGAAUUGGAACGUAAUAUUACUAUUAAGCUGGGUUAUGCUAAUGCAAAAAUAUAUAAAUGUCAAAAUCCAGAAUGUCCAGAACCAGACUGUUACAGAUCAUUCAAAUCUGACAAAGAAAUUCAUCCAAAAUGUCAAAGACCAGGCUGUGAUGGUCGUUACGAAUUAGUUCGUCAUGUCUCUUUCGUUGAUUGUCCAGGUCACGAUAUUUUAAUGAGUACUAUGUUGUCUGGUGCUGCUGUCAUGGAUGCUGCUUUGUUAUUAAUUGCCGGUAAUGAAUCUUGUCCUCAACCUCAAACUUCUGAACAUUUGGCUGCUAUUGAAAUUAUGAAAUUGAAACAUGUUAUUAUUUUACAAAACAAAGUCGAUUUAAUGAGAGAAGAAAGUGCAUUGGAACACGAAAAAUCUAUUUUGAAGUUUAUCAGAGGUACUAUUGCUGAUGGUGCUCCAAUUGUUCCAAUCUCUGCUCAAUUGAAAUACAACAUCGAUGCAGUCAAUGAAUUUAUUGUUAAGACAAUUCCAGUCCCACCAAGAGAUUUCAUGAUCUCUCCACGUUUGAUCGUUAUUCGUUCAUUUGAUGUUAACAAGCCUGGUACUGAAAUUGAUGGUUUAAAGGGUGGUGUUGCUGGUGGUUCUAUCUUGAACGGUGUCUUCAAAUUAGGCGAUGAAAUCGAAAUUAGACCUGGUAUUGUCACUAAGGAUGAUAAAGGUAAAAUUCAAUGUAAGCCAAUUUUCUCUAACAUUGUAUCUUUAUUUGCUGAACAAAAUGAUUUAAAAUUCGCAGUCCCUGGUGGUUUGAUUGGUGUUGGUACUAAAGUUGAUCCAACAUUAUGUAGAGCAGAUCGUUUAGUUGGUCAAGUGGUUGGUGCUAAAGGUCAUCUACCUAGUAUUUACACAGAUAUUGAAAUUAAUUAUUUCUUAUUGCGUCGUUUGUUAGGUGUCAAAACAGAUGGUCAAAAGCAGGCUAAAGUUAGAAAAUUGGAACUAAAUGAAGUGCUGAUGGUUAAUAUUGGUUCGACUGCCACAGGUGCUCGUGUUGUCGCUGUUAAAGCGGAUAUGGCUAGAUUACAAUUAACAUCCCCAGCUUGUACAGAAGUUAAUGAAAAGAUUGCUUUAUCUAGACGUAUAGAGAAGCAUUGGCGUUUAAUUGGUUGGGCUACAAUUAAAAAGGGUACCACGUUGGAACCAAUUGCUUAA